AUGUGGACGCCAGACGACAUUGCCAUUAUCGGAUUUUCAUUCAAGCUUCCACAAGAUGUUAAAGAUGAUACAUCUUUUUGGACGGUUCUCGAGGAGCAACGAAAUCUUAGAACGGGCUGGCCGGAGUCUCGUGUUAAUCCAGACUCCUUUGUGAAUCACAAACUCAUUAAAUUCCCUACUCGGGGUGCACAUUUUCUCAACGAGGAUAUUGGAGCUUUCGAUGCCCCAUUCUUCUCGGUCACGGCGCAGGAGGCGGCAUCAAUGGAUCCGUUGCAACGAUGGACACUGGAGGAAUCAUACCGGGCAUUCGAGAACUCCGGGAUACCGGUUGAAACUCUAAAGGGCUCGCGCACCGCCGUCUUCUCAGCUUCAAUGAUAGAAGACUACGCGCGCAUGAGUGCCAUGGAUCCUGAGAAUGUCGAGCGCACAGCAGCCACUGGUAGCUCUGUCGCAUGCGUCAUUCCUAAUCGGGUGAGCUGGUAUUUUGAUCUACGUGGACCCAGCAUCCAUGUCAAUACAGCCUGUUCGGGGAGUAUGUCCGCUAUUGAUAUGGCUUGCAAAUCCAUUCAGAGCGGAGAUGCCACAGCUGCCCUCGUUACCGGAGCCAAUAUGCUCCUUGAUCCGUCCGAUUUUCAGAUCCUGUCGAGCCAGAACUUUCUCUCGUCCGACAGCCUCUCUUAUAGCUUUGACCACCGCGCAAACGGAUACGCUAGAGGCGAAGGGACUCUCGCUCUAGUCCUUAAGCCCGUAUCUGCUGCGAUAGAGAACGGUGACAUGAUUCGCGCCGUCAUUCGCUCGACGGGGUCGAACCAGGAUGGCCAUACUCCAGUACUCACGCAGCCGAGCCCUCAAUCGCAGGAGGAAUUGAUUCGUCAUGUUUACAAACGGGCUAAUCUUCCUCUCCAUGAGACGCGUUAUGUUGAGGCACACGGAACUGGAACUCCCGUGGGAGAUCCGAUCGAGAUGAGGGCUAUUGGACGGGUUUUCCGAAAAUGUCGAUCAGCCGAAGAGCCUCUUUACGUUGGCUCCGUGAAAGCAAAUAUUGGUCAUCUGGAAGGGGCGAGUGGUCUCGCAAGCCUAAUCAAAUCGAUUUUAACUCUGGAAAAAGGAAUCAUCCCGCCCAAUGCUCUCUUGGAAAAAGUGAACCCCGCAAUUGAUGUAGAUUUCUAUCAUACCGAGGUCCCGUCGCGAAGUAUACCUUGGCCAACAGCGGGCCUGCGUCGGGUAUCUGUGAAUUCUUUUGGAUUCGGAGGCUCCAACACGCACGUAAUUCUCGACGAUGCCCUUCAUUACAUGCAAGAGCGUGGUCUAUCUGGGAAUCACUGUACAGCCUCUGUCAAGGGUGCUACGACAGAUGCCAUGGUCACCUUGAGCAACGGGUAUGUUCAUGUAAAUGGAAACGGCCAUGUUGAUGAAACCGCACACACCGAUGGGUCAGCUCAUGCGAAUGGGGACGUCUCAGCCAACGACACCGUCCAUGUAAAUGGCAACGGCUUUGUCAACGGGAACAGCAAAGCUACGGAAGCUGCGUCAACUCUGCCCUGCUUGCUUGUAUGGACCGCCGCCGAUGAGAACGCAGUGAAACGUACGAUUGAAGGCUACAAGACCUUCUACACUGAAAGCGUAGCUAGUGACCCAACAAAGCUCGAUCGUCUAGCCUUCACGCUAGCCGCGCGGCGAAGUAAAAUGCUGUGGCGGGCCUUCGCAGUUGUCGCGAAAGAAGAAGAGGAAAAAGCCCUAUCUCCAGCCAAGCCAAUUCGAAGCUCGACUGAGACCGGCCUUGCUUUUGUGUUCACGGGCCAGGGUGCCCAGUACGUCAAUAUGGGCUGGGAUUUGGUCCAGUACCCUGUGUUUGCCGAGACCCUGAGACAGAUCAAUGACAUCUACGCCAGCCUGGGAUGCAAGUGGUCAAUAUUCGAUGAGCUCCGUUGUAAAGAGAACAUUGACCAACCCGAAUACAGUCAGCCCCUAUCUACGGCUAUACAAAUAGCUUUGGUGAAUUUAUUAGAGAGCUUUGGUAUCACCCCGAAAGCUGUUGUUGGACACUCAUCCGGCGAGAUUGCUGCUGCCUAUACUAUCGGUGCUUUAUCUUUACCUUCAGCGUGCAAAGUUGCAUAUUUCCGGGGCCAACUGACCGGAAAGCUGAGAGCCUCCAGCAGCACUUCUCCGGGGGCUAUGCUAUCGAUAAACGUGGCCGAGGGUAAGGUACCAGAAUACCUAAGCAGCGUUCAAAAUGCAGUUGCCGGUGAUGUCACUGUAGCCUGCAUAAAUAGUCCCCUCAACUGCACACUGUCCGGUCCUGAGCAGGCAAUCAAUGCAAUCAAAGCGCAAGCAGACCAGGACGGCAUUUUCGCUGCGAAGCUCAAGACUGGAGUUGCAUACCACUCACCAUCAAUGCGUGCCAUAGCUGAUGAGUAUCUGUCGCUGGUUGGUAGCCUCGAGGGCGUUGACCGUCAAAACCGUAAAGUGGCGGUCCUCAUUCCUAUGGUUUCCUCGGUGUCUGGUAAGAGUAUUCGCCCGGAAACUUUGGCCACAGCGCAGUACUGGGUCGACAAUCUUGUUUCUCCCGUUCGGUUUGCCGACGCCGUUCAGUUGCUCACGCAGGAGUCAUCAACACUGAAGGUUGGGCUAGGAAGUAUCACUGACCUGGUCGAGAUUGGUCCCCACCCGGCGCUCAAACGGCCAGUGAACGACACAAUUCAACAGGAAGAUAACCGAAAGAAGCACAUCAGAUAUGAAAGUGUGCUCCACCGGUCCCAUUCAGCAUUUCAAACUACUCUCGAGCUUGCUGGCCGGCUAUUCUGCCUCGGUCACCCGGUGUCUGUCCCGGAAAUUAACCAACAAUCAACCAAGACACGGCCUUCGUUUCUUGUUGAUUGCCCCAAAUAUCCUUUUGAUCGGACAAAUCGCUAUUGGUCUGAGUCGCGUAUUGUUCGGGACUUUCGACUGCGAGGGACAGUCCAGGGGGAGACUCUUGGAGUCCGAACGUCUGAUUGGAAUCCCUUGGAACCUCGGUGGAGGAAUUUCCUAAGCAUCGAAUCCACUCCGUGGACAGAAGACCACAAGAUCAGCGACACGGUCCUCUACCCGGCAGCGGGAAUGUUGAUCAUGGCCCUUGAGGCAGCCCAGCAGAUGGUUCCUACCGAUCGCAAGGUCCGAGGCUACCUCGUGAAGCAGAUAGAUUUUAUGAACCCCAUUAUAGUGCCGAAAGCUUGGGAGGAGCGGACGGAAACCCAAGUUCGUCUGAGGCCGGUAAAAGGAUCAGAUAAUGACAAGGCGCCCCAGUUCGACAUCGCCAUCUUUUCAUAUUCACGGGGCAAGUGGACGGAAUGUUGCGAUGCUAGCAUCCAAGUUGAAUAUCAAGACUCGGUGCUGCUCCACAGCGGACUGACCGACGAGGUCAUACAAAGCCGAUUCAAGCAAGCGAGCGAAUCUUGCGGCCGGCCACUCGACUCACGGGGCUUGUACCGCGACUCAGCUGAUAUUGGCCUCCAAUACGGACCGACAUUCAAGCGGUUGGAAGACGUCUGCUGGGAUGGCGAAAAGAAUGCCCUAGGACGCGUCGAUGUCAACAAGACGAUAUUUGAGACCAGCAGUGUGGUGCACCCAGCGGUGUUGGAUCAGGCCUUCAUGGUACUGCGGGCCAGCGCAGGCCAGCAGCCGGCAGCCAACAUUCCUGUCCGCCUAGAAGACGCAUGGCUUGCGGCUUCCGGCUGGCAGUAUCCGCAGAAUAGCUCCAUUCAAUGGCUUGCGACUUCGAAUGUGGCUGCACGCCGCGAUCGUGGAGUAGGAGAGCAGGGCAGCCUGUAUGCUCUUGCCGAGGAUGGGACCGUUCUGUGCCAUGUUCAGCAGGCUGUGAUGGCGACUGUGUCAAAGAAGGAUGCGGAAGAAAAAGAGAAAAAGUUGAUAUACAGCAUCGAGUGGAAGCCGCAGCUGAGCCUGCUCGACCCCGACAACUUAUCGCGCUUGUUUCCAGUCGACACCAACGUGGAUGAGGCUGCAAUGGUGACCAAUUACACCAAACUCUGCUCAGCGCUGGAUUUCGUCGCCUUGCGCACCCUGAGAGACCUGGAUCGCGCCAAGAUUCCCGCGAGCCUAAGCCAGCACGUUGAGUGGCUUGACUUCCACGUCCGUAAACUGCCGCUAUCCAAGCAGUCGGAAGCAGACACCAUUAGUGAUUUGCAGAUUGAGGCUCAGCUGUCUGAAUUUGAAAAUGCCCUGCCGACCUGGAAGCUGUUCACUGAAUGUGCACGACGCCUACCGGAGAUCCUGGCGGGAGAAAUCGAUCCUCUUGAAGUGGUCUUCAAUUCCAAAUUGGCAGAUAACUUUUAUGGCUCUCUCUUUGAAGACAUGUGUGCCGAUGGCCGGCUUGCUGGUAUUCUGGACCUGGCCGCUCACGAGAACCCAGCGAUGCAAAUCCUCGAGGUCGGCGCUGGCACCGGAGGUAUGACGGCGCAGGUCUUGGCCGCAUUGGAACAGCGUGAGAGACGAACUGGGGCGCCCAGUUUUGCCGAAUACUGCUACACCGAUAUCUCUCCCGUGUUUCUAGAUCGAGCAAGAACCCGCUGGCCACAGUUGCACACUGAGGGCCGCUUGACCUUCCACACGCUGGACAUGGAUCGAGCGAUUGAGACCCAGGGCUUCAAACCAGCUUCCUAUGACUUGGUAAUUGCGGCUAGUGUGCUGCACGCGACAACGGACCUCGAGGCUGCGAUUCGAAAUGUUCGUCAGGCUGUGAAGCCGGGUGGUCGGCUCGUGCUGCUUGAGGCCAUCAAUCCGGAUGAUGUCGCCGUCAACUUUAUGACUGGUCUGGUCCCUGGGUGGUGGAAUGCUCGUGAGGACUGGCGGCCCCAUUCCCCAGCUGUACCCGAGUCCCUGUGGGAUAUAUGCCUUCGCAACAAUGGCUUCUCCGGCAAUGAUCUGGUCAUCAGAGACUACCAAAGUAAAGAGUGUCACGCAAUGAGCAUUAUCGUGACUACCGCCGUGAACGAGGCGCCGAAGACACCGGAGACAAGGCUGAGCUCGGGUAAACUUGUCCUGGUGGUCGACCAGGACCAGUCCGAUCAGCAACUACAACUGGCAAAUUUGGUACGCAGCCAUCUGGACCCCCAGCGCGUCUUGCCAACAAGUGUCUGUCCGUUUUCUGCAGUGCAGCUCCAGCAGACGCUCGCAGAUCCGGCCAAGAAUGACAUAGUCAUUUGUCUGGCGGAGAUUCACAAGCCCCUGCUGGCCACACUUUCCGAAGAAGACUUUGCAACUCAGCAAUAUUUAACCAAGCAGGCAAGCAAGCUACUGUGGGUAACAGCUUGGGGCCCAGAUGAUGCGCAAACCCCUCAAUACAACGCCAUUCAAGGGUUCCUGCGCUCAAUCCGCGCCGAACAAUCAGACAGCCAGAUCGUGAGUCUAGCCAUCGAGGGCGAGACUGAUGCAGCGGCACAUGCGCAUUAUAUUGCCAAAAUUGUCGAGACCAGCUUUGUAUCGUCGUCUUCCGAGGAACUGGAGUACAUCGUGCGAAACGGUGUUCUCAUGACAGGCAGGGCGGUCGAAAAUGUGACCGGUAACAAGACCAUUCAACAGCUUCUCUCGCCACAGCUGGAGCACAAGCCCUGGGCCAAAACAGGGGCCCUGCAGGUUUCAGUGGGUGCUCAGGGGUCUCUCGACUCGUUAAAAUUCGUGCACGAUACCGAUCACGAGACCCCCAUUGGCCUUCACGAGGUUGAGAUUGAAGCACAAGCGUGGGGUUUGAGCGAACGGGACAUCCAGAUUGCUCUUGAUCGAACUGGAGUGCAAGAUGAACAGCUAGGAGGGGAUUGUGCGGGUGUGGUGACACGUGUAGGCCGUGAUUGCGAUCCAUCGAUUCAGCCUGGUGACCGUGUUUGCAUGUCAUCUGUUGGAUGUAUGCGCAAAUACCCUCGUGCGCAUGAGACCGGCGUCGUUAGAAUUCCUCACAACCUGUCGGUCGAGGCUGCCACAUCGAUUCUCCAUCCGGCGCUGACGGCCUACCAUGCUCUCGUUGACAUUUCCCAGCUCGAGGAAGGGGACAAUGUCCUCGUCCAUCUAGCUGCCAGCGCUGUGGGACAAGUUGCAAUCCGCAUAGCUCAGAUGCGAGGCGCCCAUGUCUAUGCCACUAGUGCAUCAGCCGAAGAAAAAGAGUUCCUCCUUACUAUCCUCGGCGUACCCGCAGACAACAUUUUCUCCAGCAAAAGUCCUUUGUUUGCAACAGAUGUGGUACGUGCAACACAUGGAGAUGGCGUUGAUGUCGUCUUGAAUUCCCUGGUGGGAGAGGACAUGCUGCGGGCGUCUUGCGAGUGUCUGGCACGCGGUGGUCGCUUCAUCCAGGUCAGCCGCGCCGAUACGGCGGCCAAUUUGGCUCUUCCAUUGAGGUUGCUUGCCAGAAAUAUCACAUUCUCAGUCGUUGAUCCGGCACAGCUCCGUCCUAAAGUUUUGGCCAAGCUGCUCAAGAGCGUGAUUCAGCUCCUAGGGAAAGACGAAAUCCAACAUCCGCAGCCGCUGCAAAUUUACAACGUCUCACACAUCGGCCAAGCCUUCAAACAACUUCAAGACAAGGAGAUUGUUGGUCGUAUAGUGAUCACCGCGGGGCCCGAAGACGUUGUCCCGCAAUAUAUUCAAGAGCGGUUGUCGUGGACCUUUGAUGAGAACGCAACGUAUUUGAUUGCCGGCGGAUCUGGCGGUCUUGGCCGAGUCAUCAUACAAUGGAUGGCUGAUAGAGGAGCCAGGAACUUGAUCAUCCCAUCUCGAUCAGGUCCAAAAUCCAAAGCUGCUGCGGAGAUUAUAGCCCAGCUAAAAGAAAGCGGCGUUACUGUUAAGGCACCUCAAUGCGACGUCUCAGAUGAAGCGAGCCUCUCCCGGAUGCUGAACGAAUGCGCACAAACCAUGCCACCCAUCAAGGGCUGCAUCAACGCGGCAAUGGUCCUCCAAGAUGCCAUCUUCCAAAAUAUGCCCUUCGCGAAGUGGGAAUUAACCAUGCGGUCCAAAGUACAGACCUCGUUGAACCUCCAUCGGCUGCUCCCGAGCGACCUGGAUUUCUUCAUCCUGCUCUCCUCUCUCGCGGGUGUGGUCGGUCAGAUGGCCAGUUGCAACUACUCGGCAGGUUGUGCGUUUCAAGAUGCACUGGCACGCUACCGCGUCACCCAGGGCCAGAAAGCGCUGUCAUUCGACAUCGGCUGGAUGCGCGAUGUUGGAAUUAUCGCUGAGACAGAGUCCUACCAGAACCGACGGCAGGUGGCUGGCGACCUGAUGCCGGUUGAUGGGACUGAGCUGCUCGCCCUGCUAGACAUGUGCUGUGACCCAACUGCCCCAGCGCCGCUGCCAGCCGACAGCCAGGUGCUCUUCGGCUUACUCACGCCAGCCGAUUGUCUCGCGCAGGGUCGCCCCAUUGCUGCCGUUCUUGACCGGCCUCUUCUGGCCGCAUUUUCAUAUCUCCCCAACUCACGCGCAUCAUCCAGCCAGGGUGGAAACGGCCAGGGCGCAAACGGAACUAGUCGCGACCAACCAGCCGCCUCACCCGCAACACUGUUCCGACAAUCCGCGGACUCAGGUGAGCGUAUCCAGAUUGUCCUUCAGGCGCUGGCGGUCAAACUGGCGCUCGCCAUGUCCAUUUCGCCGGAGGACGUCGAGCCGAGCAAGCCGCUGUCCACUUAUGGAGUCGACUCGCUGAUGGCAGUCGAUCUUCGGAACUGGAUUGGUAAGGAGUUCGGAGCCACCGUGGCUGUGUUUGAGAUUAUGGGUGGUGUGCCACUGGCGAGUAUUGCCGACUUGGUGGUUUCGAAGAGCACCGUCAACGAAGGUUGA